ACCGAUAAAAAAAACAGGCAUUGCGUGCAUUACAUUUUGUUCCGUUUUUUUGCCGUGCAUUUUGUCUAGUUUAUUCCUUUACUUGACUCGUUUAAGAUAAAGUUUACGAACAUGUCGUCAGCAACCGAUGAAACAAACAAAAAGCCGGAAACUUCUGAUCCAGCGCCAGUAAUUGCGGAAAAUACGCCCGAAGAAAAUCCCUUGCAGGCGAAAGCCGACGAGCUCGGUGCUCGCGGUAAUGAAUACUUCAAGGAACAAAAUUACGAGCAGGCAAUUGCGCUCUACACGGAGGCUAUCGAAACGUGCCCCAAUGAGCGGUUCUAUGCGAACCGUAGCUUUGCUCACUUUCGGAAAGAAUCGUACGGCUACGCAUUGAGCGAUGCCGAUAAGGCGAUAUCGAUGAAAAACAGCUACACCAAAGCGUACUACCGCAGGGCGGCCGCUCUGAUGGCGCUCGGAAGGUUCAAGAAGGCGCUGGCUGAUUUAGAAUUAGUGGCGAAACGAUGUCCCAGUGCGAAGGAUGCCCAGGACAAAUACACGGAAUGUAAAAAGAUGGUAAACAAGAUCGCGUUCGAGAAAGCCAUCUCCGUUCAGCAUCAAGAAAAGAGUGUGGAAAAAAUGUGCUGUGAUCUGGAAUUCGCGACUAUCGAGGACGACUAUAAUGGACCAAAGUUGGAAAACAGUAAAGUCACUUUGGAGUUCAUGGAGAACCUGCUUGAAUGGUAUAAGAAACAAAACAAAUUGCACAAAAACUUUGCCUAUAAGAUUCUUUGUGACAUGGAAACGCUGUUGAAAACGCAACCCUCCCUGGUGGAGAUUGCAGUCCCGGACGAACAAAAGUUUACCGUGUGCGGUGAUAUUCAUGGUCAAUUCUACGAUCUGCUUCAUAUAUUCGAAAUCAACGGUUUACCAUCGCCUACCAAUCCCUACCUGUUCAAUGGCGACUUUGUUGACCGAGGCUCAUUCUCGGUGGAAUGCAUUUUUACCCUGUUCGGGUUUAAGUUGCUGUAUCCAAACCACUUCUUCCUGGCGCGCGGAAAUCACGAAAGUUUCAACAUGAACCAACUGUACGGUUUUACGGGCGAGGUGGUUUCGAAGUACUCGCAAAACAUGGCAGACAUGUUCACGCUUGUUUACAACUGGCUGCCCUUGUGCCAUUUGAUCAACGAGAAGGUCCUGGUCAUGCACGGUGGUUUGUUUUCAAAGGACAAUGUAUCGCUCGACGAUUUGCGGGCGAUCGACCGUAACUGUCAACCGCCGGAGGAAGGAUUAAUGUGCGAGCUGCUCUGGUCUGAUCCACAUCCGCAACCAGGCCGUGUACCCUCGAAAAGGGGUGUCGGCAUAGAGUUCGGACCGGAUGUUACGGAAGCAUUCCUGAAGUACAACAAGCUGGACUAUAUCAUCCGUAGCCACGAGGUGAAGGCGGAAGGCUAUGAGGUAGAUCAUAAUGGUAAAUGCAUUACCGUGUUUUCGGCACCUAACUAUUGCGACCAAAUGAAGAAUCUUGGAGCGUUUAUCACACUGAAAGGAAACGAUUUGAAGCCUAAAUUCACUACCUAUUCGGAAUCGCCCCAUCCCUCCAUUCGGCCAAUGGCUUACGCUUACAGUUUAAUGUCAUAGUACAACUGAUGUGCAUUGAGCGGUAUUGAACGUUGUUUCAAUAUGUUUAAUCUGUUGCUAUUGGAAUUUUAGUUGGACUUCUCCUGUUUUGCAACGUACGGCUCAGUUAUGGCAGUGAAAGAUCAUGCUUCCUUCGUGGUAUGUAACAAAUCAAUUAGUUCCUUUUUGUUGUUGUUUUUUUCUUCGGUAAUACACGUUUGUUUUAAUUGUUUCUCCACAUUCAUCUGAAGAUAGAAAAAAAACAGCUCACAGAGCUCAGUAAAACCGAAUACCAUUUGUUUGGCUUCCGCAAAGUACAACAAUGCAACAGAUUUGAGUGAAAGCUAGCCAACGAGCGAAGAAAGUGUUAUGGAACGUUAUGCAUUAUCCAGUUUCCUUCAACAAUUACAGUCUAUUAACAUAGUAUCGCAAUAGGAAAAAAAAACUUUGCGACCACAGCUUAACAGGCAAUAGCAGACAGAGCUAAGGAAAAGACAUUUUGUUUCAGGGCAGAGACAGUCAGAAUUUCAUCAGUUGUGUAAAUUGGUAGGUAAGCAAAAGGAAUGGUUGAAUGCUUUUGUAAUAUUACAGUUUGCUCUUUUUGGUAUAUGUGAAGCCGAACCUGUAUAGAACGUAGAAUAGAUGGAACGGUCCCGUUGGCAAAUUA